AUGAAUUUUUACGAUCCUGCAACUAAAAUUUGGUCUAACAACGUUCGUUCGUCAAUUUAUAAUCCAAAAACGAGUCUCGGUGAAGUUCUUUUGCAUUCAUUGAAACGAACUCCAGAUAAAAUUUGUGAAAUAAGUGAUGAUUAUGAAACAUUUUCAACUUGCCAUGAACUUCAACGACGAAGUAUUCAAGUUGCUGAAUCCUUAAAAUCAGAUCACGACGUGAAAUUUGGAGAUAUUUGUGCUGUUGUAAGCAGAAACAAUCCUGAAGUGUCUUCAGUUGUAUUUGGAUGCAUCUUCAAUGGAUGUCCUGUGAACACAUUAGAUCCAACAUUUGCUCAGAUUGAUUUCGAUCAUAUGCUUGGUUUAACAAGACCAAAGAUCAUCUUUGGAGAGAAAAGUGUCAUGUUGAAAAUCAAAAGAUCCAUUGAGAAGUUGAAGUUGAGAACGAAAGUUUUUUGCUUUACAUCAUUGGAUGGUACAGUUGAAGAAGGAGUUACUUCAGUGAAAGAUCUUUUCAAUAGAAAUGUUGAGAAUUUGAUGGAAAACUACUUGCCAACAAGGAUUGAAGAUACUUCAAAUCACAUCGCUCUCAUAAUGUGCUCUUCAGGGACAACAGGUUUGAGUAAAGGAGUUUGUCUUUCACACGCUCAAAUCGUUUCUCAAACUAUCGACUUUUGUUCAACGAAUCAAAAUUCCAUCUGCUUUACCUUCAGCUCUCUAUAUUGGAUUACGGGAUACUUUUUCUUACUUUCGGGCAUCAUCUCAGGAUCAAUUCGUAUUAUUACAACUAAAGCGCCAUCUGCUGAGUAUUUUUUCGAGCUUAUUGAAAAACAUCGAAUCACGGAAUGUUUUCUGCCUCCUUCAAUGAUUGCUGAAUGUUUGGAAAGUCAAGCUAUUGAGUUAACAGAUUUCUCUUCACUUCAAAAAAUCUAUACAGGAGGCAGUAUGGUUUUAGAAGACCUUCGUGAAGAUCUCGAAAAAGUUAGCAAAGCAAAAGUCAUUGUGAGUUAUGGUAUGACUGAAAUCGGAUCAGCAUGCACAACAAACUUUGAACAAAAAGCAGGAUCUGUUGGAGUUCCCGCCAAAGGAAAUCAAAUCAAAAUAAUAAGCGAGGAAGGAAAAUCAUUGGGUCCAUUAGAGAAUGGAGAGAUUUGUAUCAAACAACCUUUUAUGUUUCUUGGAUAUUAUGGAAAUGAAAAAGCUUAUCGAGAAAUCAAGGAUUCUGAUGGAUGGCUUCAUACAGGAGAUUUGGGAUAUUUUGAUGAGAAUGGUUAUUUGUUCAUCGUUGGAAGAAAAAAAGAGAUGAUCAAAUACAAAGGAUAUCAGAUCUCUCCGGGCGUUAUUGAAACGAUCAUUCAAGAAACAACAGGCUUAACUCAAGUUUGUGUCGUUGCUGUUGAAGAAAAUAAACAAGGUACAGACUUACCUGCUGCUGUAAUUGUGCUUCCAAAAAACUUUUUACUGACUCAAGAUGAUAUCAAAGCCAUUCUUGAUGCAAAUUUGGAUGACAUAAAAAAACUUCGUGGAGGCAUCUAUUUUGUGAAAAAUUUACCAAUGACACCUUCGGGAAAAGUUCAAAGGCGCGAAGUGAAGGAGCUUGCCAACAAACUUUAUCAAAGCAAAAUUCAUAAUCUUAUCAAUUAUUCAAGCUAA